ACAUCCGCUAUGGUGUACACACGCGCGCGCGCGUGCGUGCUGCAUGGGUGAGCGGCGGUGUGAGAGAGAGUCGGGAGUGUGGUGGUAAACGUUCCCGGGUUCCCGCCUCUCUCCACAUGCCAGUUGCCGUCGCGCCGACCGUCGGGCAGCGAUGACCGAGAGCGCCGCCACCACGCCGGCCGCCGCCGGGGAAGCGGGUCGGCGCGCGCACAACGGACGGAAGCCGGAGAGCAACGGCGCGGCGAAGAGCCUCCGCCGCCGCCAACACGAGCGGCGGCACAAGCGCCACUGCCGGCCCGGGGAGGAGGAGGAGGUGGAGGAGGAGGAGGAGGUGAGGCCCCCGGGACGGGACGGGUCGGGACGGGUCGGAGAGAGGCAGGGCCGCACAGCCUCCGGCGAUGGCAGCCUGUACACUCGGCCCUUCGUUGAGUCGUUCGAAGAGACGCCCAUGCUGGUGGCGGUGCUCACCUACAUGGGCUACGGCGUCCUCACCAUCUUCGGGUACCUGCGCGACUACCUCCGUCACUGGAAGAUCGAAAGGUGCUACGUGGCCAGGGAGAAGGAGGAGCAAAAGGACUUUGUGCCCCUCUACCAGGAUUUUGAGAACUUCUACACCAGAAACCUCUACAUGCGGAUCAGAGACAGCUGGAACAGGCCCAUAUGCGGCGUGCCCGGGGCCAAAAUGGACCUGAUGGAAAGAACGUCCUUCGACUACAACUUGACUUUUGAGUACACAGGUCGGGUGGUGCCGGAUGUGAUUAACUUGGGCUCGUAUAAUUACCUCGGCUUUGCUGAGAACACUGGUCCAUGUGCCGACUCUGCGGCCGAGGUCACCAUGAAGUACGGCGUCGGUGUUGCAAGCACAAGGCAGGAGAUUGGCAACCUGGACACACACGAGGAAAUGGAGAAACUGGUGGCUAAAUUCCUUGGCGUGGAGUCAGCUAUGGCGUUUGGCAUGGGGUUUGCAACCAACUCCAUGAACAUACCAGCGCUGGUUGGCAAGGGCUGUUUGAUCCUGAGUGAUGAACUGAACCAUGCCUCACUGGUCCUGGGAGCCAGACUCUCUGGGUCCACCAUCAGAGUCUUCAAACACAACAAUAUGCAGAGCCUUGAGAAACUGCUGAGAGAAGCCAUAGUUCUCGGUCAGCCCCGGACUCACAGGCCAUGGAAGAAGAUUCUCAUAGUGGUGGAGGGCAUUUAUAGCAUGGAGGGCAGUAUAGUCCGUCUGCCAGAAGUCAUUGCCCUGAAGAAGCGCUACCGGGCUUACCUUUACCUCGACGAGGCCCACAGCAUAGGGGCCCUGGGCCAGAGAGGGAGAGGUGUGGUCGAUUACUUUGGCCUAGAUCCGUGUGACGUGGAUGUCAUGAUGGGCACAUUUACCAAGAGCUUUGGCGCUGCAGGGGGAUACAUCGCAGGCAAACGGGAGCUUAUUGAGUACCUGCGCUCCCAUUCCCACAGUGCAGUCUACGCCACCUCCAUGUCCCCUCCCGUGGUGGAGCAAAUCCUCACUUCUAUGAAGUGCAUUAUGGGAGAGGAUGGCACAACAAUAGGCUGUGAACGUGUGCGACAGCUGGCAGAGAGCACAGUCUAUUUCCGCAAGAGGCUUCGAGAAUUGGGCUUCAUCAUCUACGGCAACAACGACUCUCCCGUCGUACCCAUGAUGCUCUACAUGCCCGCCAAGAUAGGAGCGUUUGGGAGGGAGAUGCUGAAGAGGAACAUCGGGGUGGUGGUCGUGGGUUUCCCUGCUACGCCCAUCAUCGAGUCCCGGGCACGAUUCUGCAUCUCAGCCGCCCACACUAAAGACAUACUCGACAGGGCUCUGAGUGUCAUCAGUGAGGUAGGAGACCUCCUUCAGCUCAAGUACUCCAGACACAGAAUACAGUCGCCUCUGACGCGGCCUUUUGACGAAAACGUGUAUGAGGACGUUGACGACUGAUGGAGCCGCUCCUCUCCUGGCGCGGCGUCAAUCUCGGCAGCCCGCGAGAAAACCACAGGACGGGUCGAGAUGGAUCACAAGUCUUCCGCAGGGAGCGAGAUGUGCAAAGGUGCGCCCCCCUCAACAAGAGGAAAAACACUGUCAUUUUUAUUCUCCCUUGCCUUACCCAACAGCACAGAGAAAAAAAAAAGCGUCCCUGCUUUUUCCUAUGUACAUUUAUUUUGUCUCUUCUUUUCAUUAUUUUGUGUGUUUUGUUUUCCAGGUGGGGAAAAUACAUGUUCGUGGGUAUGUUUGCAGUGCUUGUAGCAUUCGUCACGUUAAACCUUGCUGUUGUGCACUGUAUGUGACGUGGACAUUUGUCCUCUUGCCAAAUGUCUCUGAAAGAGAACGUUUCUGGGAUUUUGAUCUUAUUAUGAAUCUCUGGUUAACUUGCAGUUGGUUCCCGGUUCUUUCAGUUACACCAGCAAAGUUGGAGAAUCUAUUUGUCGGAACAUUAAACCAAAAAUGAAAUGGAUUUGGCUGAAAUAGGAAGGAACCAUCCUCGAUCUAAGGAUUGGAUAAUUUAUCAUUCACAUCUGGAAUUCCUGCCAUAUGACAAUUUAUAUCAUUUUGUCCCCAGUUAUUUGAACAUGUCCAACAUCUGGUGUGCUCUCCAUUCUACUAUGUGCCUGUUUAGUUUUGUGGGGUUAUGUUCUUUAUGUAAAACCCUUAGAACCUCACCCAGUCUUUCUUUAGGAAGCAAGACUAGUCUGAAAUGCUUAACAACGCCUACAACCACACAGCUCCUCAAACAUGACUUUAAAACCAAAUUUUGAACACGUUCUGCUGUUGUCGCUCUCUCCUUGGCUCCUCAGAGUUGAGUAUGGGACUUUUGUCCACACUAUUUAUUCAGCAUUAUAAAAAUGGUUGCCAAAUAUUACUCUGCUGUGAUCAAUGCACCGACUUCUUUCAAAGGACGUUUUUGCAAAACUCUGGAAACGUUAUGAAGAAAUAUACACGUAUUGACUUUCUUCCCUAAAGGUGCUUGACAAAAUCAAUACCACUGUCAAGCCCGCGCGCAGUAAAAGUCAGCUGCAGACCAGCCCCUAACCCCCUGUUAAACUCUCACUGUCAUUUCUACGUUUUGAUUUUCUGUAUCAGUAGAAAGAACAUUUAUUUUGUUAUUUAGAGGUACAGAGCCAAGCGACCUGUGCAUGGCGUUAGCAGAAUCCUUCAAAAGCCUCGUGCUGAUCUACAGCCACUCCAGAUGGAAAAAAGUCAAACACCCUCUCUGCAUGAACAAAAUCACAAAUCUACAGUAACUCACUGUUCAUAAAACCAAUUUUUGUGUCAUCUGUCAGUUUCAAAUUACAAAUAUUGCCAAUUCUGUUGCUUCCUCCCCUGACAUUGUAUCUAAUCAUAGUAGUUUAGCAUUUUCCAUUGAGGUCAUUCAACAGAUGAUACAGCUGAUAUGUAUCCCACUACCUCAGACCUUUAGUACAAACGUAAAUAUUUGCCAUCAAUGGUUACACUUGGAAAAAGUGGUAUCAUCAAGGGGAUAAAUUAAGAAGUAAUUUAGACUCAGGGUAAAAAAAAAUAAAAAAUAAACGGUAAGAAAUGUCAGUAGAAACUGUUAGAGAUGAAUCUGGUCAGCCUCUUUUCCCCACAACUGUUACAUGUCACCAUCACUGGCAUCAGGGUGAUUGUGUGUUUUUAGUUUUUUGACCAUUUUAAAGUCUUACAGAUCACUUCAAGGAUCACAUUUAACAUAAUUCAAAGACCUCGAGGCCAAAGUUGUGACUGUCAGUGUAGUCUUUUGUGUUUAUUUUUAUAUCUUUAUUGAGAGGUCAAUAUCUGCUCAGUAAUGCGAGUGUAAGCUGUUGUUCUCCGCUAAAGUGUAGAGUUCCUUUUAAAAGAAAAAAAGAUUAUAUUUAUAUUCUCGUAUCUCCAGGUUUGACAGGAGAAUACUAAAACUAUCAAGACUUAACUAGACUGGAUGGAAUUUAACAUUGUUGCAAGUGUCCUGCAAUUUUUGUCUCCUGGGUGCUUAGUAGUAAUAACUUCAAUUCUUUGCUUCGUAGCAAUGUCUUAAUGCCUUGUAAAACAAAGUGUUAUCUUUCUGCCGUGACUCAAAAUCAUUAAUACUGUAACUCGAGUGUGUGUGCGCGCACUUUUGCACUUUUUCCUUGCUUUAUUUUCCACCUGCACACUUUCUGUCUUUUUUGAACUCUCGGGUUAUCUUUACAAUGUGCUUUGAAGAAUUUUUACACUCCUUAAUGAAGGCAGCUGUAAAAAAUGAAAUAAAUACACAUAUAUAUAUAUAUAUAUAAAAAAUAAAAAUACACAUGCGCACACUGGCAAAUAUCGGGUAAGCACUUGUUCCUCGUAUUGAUGCAUGUACAGCUGCUCUACACCACAGCCAGCCACGUGCUCAAUGAUAUACACACACAUGACUUUUCUUGAAUGUUGUGAUCCCAAAAAAAUUACAGAGAUUGUUUGAGUUUACAUUUUCUGUCUGGGGUCAAAAGAAGUUCUCUGGUUUGUUUUAUGUUCUGUUCCAUACCGGUGUAGAUCCGUCACUGUAACGCGGAGGUGCUUGGUUCGUGUGUACCUAUGUAUUCAGUUUUGUUGGUUUGCUGAAAUAUAAAUAUAUAUAUAUAUAUAUAUAAAAGAUACUCAAUGUUUUGUGCGUUAAAGAGUUUGCAUACAAGGAAGCUCGUAUGCUGAUACGAAGGUCAGGCCUUGAGAACAAACCGUACGGACUUAAAUCUAAUUAGUUCUUCACAGUUGUCUGUACUUGAUAAACAGUGACACUGAUUCUGGUCCUGUUCUGUCUGUGCAAACUACGGCGAGAUGGUUGCUUCUAUUACUGGAGCGCGCCAAUAAUAGAGGCAGUCAUUCCAGCGGUUGGCCGCACGCUAUCGCACGUCAAGAGAGAAUUCUUUUCUGAUUCAGUGCCUUAGAACCAAAUGAUUUUUCUAAGAAGUAGGUGUCAUUACUUGGAUGGUUUGAUUCUUUGUUUUCCUACAUUUUCGUCAACUGUACUGAUUAGUGGCGCUGGGUGUGGCCUCCGUGUCGACCAGCAUUUGAUCAUAGAAAGUGCACCAACAUAUCGGCAAAUGAUUAAUACUGUGUGUGUCACCCAUGUUAAUGAAAGCAGAUCACUGGAACAAUAAGAAUGAAGCUUCUUAAUGUACAGCACUUUGGUCAAAUGUUGUUUUUAAAUGUGUUCUAUGAAUAAAUUUGAUUUGAUUUGA